AUGGAAAAGGUUGAAGUCUACAAAAGCGAUACAGCAACGGCAACCACCAUUGAAUCCACCAUAUCGAAAGGAGAGGCACCUGCACUUACACUUGAAGAGAUCGAUCCCAAGAUUGAGGCACGUUUACGGCGCAAAUUCGAUGCCCGUGUCUUAUCCAGUGUCACCAUCCUAUACCUUUGGGCUUUUUUAACGAGAGCAAAUAUCGGCAAUGCAAAAGUGCUUGGCUUACAAGAGGAAUUGGACCUGGGAGAAGAUAACAAGAUGAGCAUUUGUAUGACUGCGUUCUAUAUCACCUAUGUGCUCUUUGAAGUACCAGUCAAUGUACUCGUUCGAAAGUACGGCCCAAGGAUCAUGCUUCCUUCGAUUUGCACUCUUUGCGGCCUCCUCACCAUGUGCAAUGCAUUCGUCAACAGCUUUGGAAGUUUAUUUGCCAUGCGAUUUUUAAUCGGGAUUUCACAAGCUGCUAUUAUGCCGGGCAUUUCCUAUGCACUUGGUACAUUCUACCGAAGACAUGAGCUUAUCACACGUGUGGGCGUUUAUGCAUCAUGUGCAAGUGUAGCUGGUGCUUUUGGAGGUCUCCUCGCCAUUGGCUUUUCAAAGAUACCUGCUUGGGGCAUUAUCCAUUCAUGGCGCAACAUUUUCUUUUUCGAAGGGAUUAUCAUGAUGAUAAUUUCAGUGGCAAUGUAUUUUGUGAUGCCCGACAGCCCUGGCAGCUGCACCUUUUUGACCGAAGAAGAGCGACGUAUCGGUGUAUUACGUAUUCAGCUUGAGCAACUAUCAGCAGGGAAGAAAGAAGCCAUCACACGAGAGCACUUUAAGACCGCCAUGCUCAAUAUCAACACGUGGCUUAUGGGCUUGGGUCUUUUUGGUUCAUUGUUAUCCAUGAAUUCGAUUGCAUUGUUUAUGCCAUCCUUGUUAUCAGAAUUCGGAUGGAACUCGGUAGUAACACAAAUCAUGACCGUGCCGCCCUAUGCCUUUGCAUGUAUCAUUUGCAUUGGAUGCUCUAUUCUUUCCGAUCGAUGGCACACACGAGGCGUAUUCAUGUUUGCACUUUGCGCACCUUUAACCAUCAUUGGAUUUGCCGUGCUUUUGACCGUGGGUUCGAUUGGUCCACGUUACAUGGCUAUCUUUUUCGCAACGGGUGGUGGAUUUACAUGCAGCCCCAUAUUUGUUGGCUGGUCAGUAGAUAACACAGCUGGACCCACUGUGCGAUCGAUUGCAUGCGCUUUCAUUAUCAGCUUGGGCGAAUUGGCAGGCAUCGUAUCAAGCUGGACCUAUCUCCCCUCUCAAGCUCCAGAAUACACAACCGGCAAUCAAAUCAAUCUUGCUAUGGGCGCAUUGGUGCUUGUGUGUGCAGCUGUAUGUUCAUUUUACAUGAAAUGGGAAAAUGUUCAACGCGACAAAGGAAAACGUGACCAUGUGCUUCAUGGCCUUUCGCAAGACCAAAUCGAUCAACUCGGUCAUAAACAUCCCCAAUUCCGAUUCACACCAUAA